CUCAUUUUCAGCAAGGAACGACGUGAGUAGAGUCUUAGGUGUAGCCUUAGAAGGAAGCUCAGUGAUAUAGGAUUUUAUUAUGGACAACUUGAAACUUUGUCGAGUGGUGGCGAAAGUGAUUAGCAGACAGAGCGUGUUACGAAGUAUGGAAGUGAAUCUAAUUGAGUAAAUUUUUCACAGCUGAAGUGAUCUUCGGGAAAAUGGCGUACUUGGAGUGCAUAGGAUGUACCCUUCUAGCUUUUGGACCACCUCUUGCGAUGUUCCUCGUUACAAUUGCCUCGGAUCCUAUUCGGAUCAUAAUCAUGAUCGUCAGCGCGUUCUUUUGGUUGAUGUCGCUGUUGGCAACGGGCAUUGUUUGGUUUGCCGUGGUACCCCUGCGCACCACCUUGGAAUUCGGAGUUGUGUUCUCCAUCAUAUUUCAAGAAGUUUUUCGAUUCCUUCUAUAUCUGGUGAUACGGAAGGCGGAGAAAGGGUUGCAGAUGGUUGCUGACGGGCAUACCAUUCUUGCAGAUAAUCACCGUGACAUGAUGGCAUAUGUUUGUGGAUUCGGCUACGGCGUUAUGAGUGGUGCUUUUGGAUUUGUGAACGUUGUUCGGGAUUGUUGGGGUCCCGGUACUGUGGGAUUGCGUGGAAACCCGAUAGAAUUUUUUCCGACGUCUGCGGCACUUGCGCUAUCGAUGAUUCUUCUACACACAUGUUGGGGAGUAAUAUUCUUUCACAGUUUGACUGAAAGACGUUAUGUCGGUGUUGUUGCUGUCGUUGUAUCUCAUUUUAUUGUUUCUGGACUCACAUUUCUCAAUUCUCUGACGCCGCCGCUGUAUUAUAUCACGAUUCCAGUCGCCUACGUCGUUCUCAUAAUUUUUGCAAUUUUAUCCUUCCGAAUUGCGGGUGGAAGCAUUGCCGGUCUGAGCGCCGCAGCCACUCGGAAGCCUCCAACAACAUUGGAAGUUGAUGCAGGGGACGAUAGUGCUACGGUCGAUAAUGAUGACGGCGGUUUCCGCCAAAGACAAAUGAGUCGCAAUGCGUCAGAUGAAGUGGUUGACCCUGACAGCCGGAGAAAUCGUUCCAGUGCAGCAAUGCUGUGAAUGCCAAAAAUUGUUUUCUACGUUUUUCUUUGCAAUCGUACUCCUUUACGCCUCCGUGACUGUGAUUGAUUAAAAUUCGAGUGUUGCGAAGACUUUUUCCUUCAA